CCACCCCCCCGUGCAUAAAGCUUUCUUUAAUCGCCGGCUCUCGCUCGCUCGCCCGCCUCGCCCUCGCCUCUCCUCUCCUCUCCUCUCCUUAUUCUAAUCCUCCCCUCGCCGUGGAGGGUUAGGGUUUUGAGGAGGAGCCUAAUCUCGUAGAGGUAGCAGUGGUAGUAGAAAGAGGGUGGCCGAGGCGAGGCGGGGCGAGUCUCUCUCUCUAUCUCCACCCCGUCCAGAGCCACACGCAGCCGAGGAUUCGGGUCGUGAGGUGUGCAGAUCCAGGGCGCAGGCCCUUUUUGGGACGCAGGAUAGAGACGGUGAAAAGGCGACGCGGGUCUGCACUCGUGUCGUGUCUGCUCCUCCCGGGGGACGUGGGAGGAUGAGCUUCGGGGGCCUCUUCGACGGCGGCGGCGGAGGCGGCGGCAUGCAGUUCCCUUACGCCGGCGCCUUCUCGUCCUCGCCCGCGCUCUCCCUCGGGCUGGACAACGCCGGCGCCCGAGACGGCGGCAUAGGCGGGCGGAUGUUUGCUGACGGCGCGGGCGGCGCGAUGGCCAGGGACGCGGAGGCGCAGAACGACAGCCGGUCGGGGAGCGACCACCUGGACGCCAUCUCCGGCGUCGGCGACGACGACGACGACGCCGAGCCCAGCGGCAGCAACCCCCGCAAGCGGAAGAAGCGCUACCACCGCCACACGCCGCAGCAGAUCCAGGAGCUCGAAGCGCUGUUCAAGGAGUGCCCCCACCCGGACGAGAAGCAGCGCGCCGAGCUCAGCAAGAGGCUCUCCCUCGACGCGCGGCAGGUCAAGUUCUGGUUCCAGAACCGCCGCACGCAGAUGAAGACGCAACUGGAGCGGCACGAGAACGCGCUGCUGAAGCAGGAGAAUGAAAAGCUGCGCACGGAGAACCUGACCAUCAGGGAGGCCAUGCGCACCCCAAUGUGCGGCGGCUGCGGCAGCCCGGCCAUGCUCGGGGAGGUCUCCCUUGAGGAGCAGCACCUGCGCAUCGAGAAUGCACGGCUCAAGGACGAACUCAACCGUGUCUGCACCCUUGCCACCAAGUUCCUCGGCAAGCCCGUGUCCCUUCUGUCGCCGCUCCAGCUGCAGCCACACCUGUCGAUGCCCUUGCCAAACUCCUCACUGGAGCUAGCAGUCGGGGGAAUCGGUGGCAUAGGGUCUAUGCAGCCUUCGAUGCACGGUAUGAUGAGUGAGUAUGCCGGGGGUGCCUCAAGCUCCAUGGGCACCGUCAUCACACCAGCACGGGCCACCGGGCCUGCUUUAGCAUCUAUGGUGGACAUUGACAGGUCUGUGUUCUUGGAGCUUGCAAUUAGCGCAAUGGAUGAACUUGUCAAGAUGGCACAGACCGAUGAUCCUUUGUGGGUUACGGGAUCGCCUGGUUUUCCGGACAAGGAGUCACUCAACUUUGAGGAGUAUCUCCACUCCUCCCAGCAUUGCAUUGGCAUGAAGCCUGUUGGAUUUGUGUCUGAGGCCUCUAGGGAGUCCGGCCUGGUCAUCAUCGACAAUAGUGUUGCCCUUGUAGAGACCCUUAUGGACGAGGUUCAAGCUCAUACUUUUCCCCUUCUUAUAUUUGUUCCUAUUUAUAAAAGGUGCUUAUACUAUGCUUACUAUACUGAUGUUUCUCCAUUCAUUUCACAGAGGCGGUGGUCCGACAUGUUCUCAUGCAUGAUUGCUAAGGCCACAAUCCUUGAGGAGGUGUCUAACGGCAUUGGUGGAAGCAGAAAUGGAGCGUUGCUGCUAAUGAAGGCUGAGCUGCAGGUGCUCUCACCUCUGGUCCCCAUAAGGGAGGUUAUUUUUCUCAGGUUUUGCAAGCAGCUGGCUGAGGAUGCCUGGGCAGUGGUGGAUGUGUCCAUUGAUGGAUUAUUGAGCAAUCAAAAUUCUGCUGCCACAUCCGCAGGCUCAAACUUGAAGUGUAGGAGGCUACCUUCCGGCUGUGUGAUGCAAGAUACUCCCAAUGGCUACUGCAAGGUCACAUGGGUUGAGCAUACUGAAUACGAUGAGGCAUCUGUCCAUCAGUUCUACCGACCACUUCUCCGAUCUGGUCUUGCCUUUGGCGCCAGCCGUUGGCUCGCCACUCUGCAGCGCCAGUGUGAAUGCCUGGCCAUCCUCAUGUCCUCUGCUACAGUGUCACCUAAUGAACCAACAGCUAUAUCGCAAGAGGGUAAGCGUAGCAUGCUGAAGCUCGCACGCAGGAUGACGGAGAACUUCUGUGCGGGGGUGAGCGCAUCAUCUGCACGUGAAUGGAGCAAGCUGGAUGGUGCAACAGGCAGCAUCGCUGAGGAUGUGCGUGUCAUGGCACGAAAGAGCGUGAGCGAGCCUGGGGAGCCACCAGGGGUGGUGCUGAGUGCCGCCACAUCUGUAUGGGUGCCUAUUGCCCCUGAGAAGUUGUUCGACUUUCUGCGUGAUGAACAGCUGCGUGCCGAGUGGGACAUCCUCAGUAAUGGAGGGCCCAUGCAGGAGAUGGCUCGAAUUGCAAAGGGACAUCAGAAUGGAAAUUCGGUAUCCCUCCUCAGAGCCAGUGCCAUGAGUGCCAACCAGAGCAGCAUGCUGAUCCUUCAGGAAACGUGCACUGAUGCAUCCGGGUCGAUUGUUGUAUACGCUCCUGUGGAUAUCCCUGCAAUGCAGCUCGUCAUGAACGGCGGGGACUCCACCUAUGUUGCUCUGCUGCCAUCUGGAUUUGCCAUUCUGCCCGACGGUCCUAGCAUCGGCAGCGAGCACAAGACCGGCGGUUCUCUGCUGACCGUGGCAUUCCAGAUUCUUGUGAACAGCCAGCCCACCGCCAAGCUCACCGUGGAAUCGGUCGAGACCGUGAACAAUCUUAUCUCCUGCACUAUCAAGAAGAUCAAGACGGCGCUGCAAUGUGCAACGCCUGAGUGUUAGGGUGGAUUUUGCCUUGGGGAGGACCGGCGACGUCGAGCCUGAGUCAAGAACGAACCGCGCAAUGAAAAAAAAAAUCCUUUGCUAGGUGAUAAGGAUCUUACUUGAAAGGUCCUUAGCACAGAGCAAUGGUGGUGGUUCGGGUAUUGACUCGGCCUCUUCCGUCGGCUGUAUUCCCCGGUGCCAUGCAUUUUAGACAUUUCUUGAAGGACAUGCUAUAGUUCCAUCGUUUUAGGGUGAACUUUCGGCUGGCUCGUUGCCUCUGUUUUGUCCGUCUCUCUCUUUCUGUUGUAAGGAUGAGCUGGUGUGCAAGUGGAGACUCAGGAAGGCUGGGUUGAUCUACUAGUGCCGUCCAUAGGUUCUGGUAGAGGUCUAGAAUCAAACAUGAACGUUUGAAAGCUAUCAGCCAAAUAAUGUCUGGCGUUGCUGUGGAUCAACUGGGAUUUAUUUUUGCAAUCAAUGGCCGGCCAAAGUUCAGAUUGUUGCUGCA